AUGUCAAAAAGACCUCAAAUCCAUAUUUUUGUGGGAGCACCCAGUAUCCCGAGGCCACGGGAGGGGUUGGAGCAGAGCUCAGCCCCUGCUGGUGAGCGAUGGAAGGAGCUGCGCUGUUUGUGUGACAGCCCUGGCCGCGUUCCUGGGAGGCUCCGGGCCGCUGCUGCCCCCGCGGUGCCCCAGGCAGAAAGCUCUGCACCCACAGGGGUCCCCACCCAGCAGGGCACGGCCAUGGCAAAAGAAGGAAAAGAUCUGCCAUCUCCUGCCCCUGUGGCACUAACUUGUACCUGCACACCUAAAAAGAUCACAGGUUUAGCUUGCUCUGAUUGUCAUGAACCCACAGAUAGAUUUACACCUGCAGAUGUAAAUCAGGCUGCAGAUCAGCACCUGCCCCAGGGCUGUGCAGAGUCAGCUGGACAAGAGAAACCAUCAGGUGCCUGCUGCCCAGAGCUCACUGAGACAAAAGCCUGUCCUUCAGAAGUUGACAGAACUGAUAUUUCUGCAUUGGUUGCCAGCACUGAGCAGGUCAGCAUCCAUUUACAGUCUGUGGGGCUUCAGGCAGCUCACAGAACUGAGCAUCAUGAACAUCUAAGGCAAUGUAUGGAUGUGUUUUUCCAAGAAGCUCAGGAGUCCAAAGCAAAAGAACCAAAUGACUGUGCAAACUUUGCAGUGUCAGCAGACACUGAGUUUCGUAGUGUACUGACUUCCAGUCAGGUGGCUGUUUUUGCACAGAAUGAGAUGCAGGAAAGUAUUGUAAAACUAUCAGAAAUAGAAGCAGGCAAAAAAGCUGAAGAGGGACACUAUGGUCACUUCCAAUGUGAUUCUGGUGUUGGAACAUGUACUACUACUGUUACUGAAAAUGAAUAUGAGGAAGAGGAUGCAAGUUCUCUUGAACUUUUCAGUUCUGAGGAUGAUGGGGAAAAUGUUUUAGUUAAAGCUACAAAACAGGAAGAAAGUGCUCAGGAAAAUGAAGAAGAGUUUCAAGAACCUAAUGUUGCUGCUGAGCAACUUGUAAAUGAAAUCCAUAUUGAGCCAUUGAGCUCUGGGGUACUGUGCUCUCAAGGGAACUGUUCUCACAAGAACUUUUCUAAAAGACCCCGCAAGCAUGAAGAUUCCCUUCGUCUUUCUCACUCAGCAUUUAGAAGAGAGCUCAAAUCCAAGAGAGCUAAACUGAAUUCUUCUCCACCUGGUUCUGGGUUGAGAGUGGAUCCAGACAGGAUGGCAGAGUUCAAGAAACUCCAAAAGAAACUCUCACUACUUAAGAAUUGCUGCUGCAAAAAUCAAAAGUACAAUAUUUUGGUUGCAGUUGUACAUCCUUGUCAUAUCAAAGAGGUACAGAAGAAGACUAUACCAAAAUCUUCAUGUAAAGUUCCUGUGGCAACAAUUGUUGUUACUGACCAGUCAGAAAUUGAGAGAAAGGUGGUGCUGUGGCGUGGUGCUGCAUUUUGGUCCCUCACUGUGUUUCCUGGGGAUGUAAUACUGCUUACAGAUAUAAUAAUGUCUGAGAAUCCUUGGUGUGGAGAGGUCAUGCUUCAGUCAACAUUUACCAGUCAGUUAUUGAAUCUGGGGAACUGCUCAGCUCUCAAGACAGAAGAAUUGGAUGAUGGUGUUCUGCAUGGCUUAUUGGCAUACAUAUCAUCAGAAUUUCCACACUUCAGAGACAUUCCACAAAGACAAGUUCAGAGACUGGAUGAUGUUCAGUACGUGCAGCUAGAUCAGCUCCAGCCCAAUGUUUUGGUGCACUCAAUCCUGAAAAUUAUCAAUAUUUCUGUGUUAACAGAAUCUGUGUACAGCUACAGAGGUGGCAGCCAAAGAAAAAUUAUUCUAACAGUAGAACAGAACAGAGAUCAACACUACAGGAUGGUUCUGUGGGGGGCAGGGGCUGCCUGGUACCCCCAGCUUCAGAGGAAAAAAGACCACAUAUGGGCUUUCAAAUACCUUUUGGUCCAGUGUAGUUCUGUCUCAGGUGACCUGGAACUGCACACUACUCCAUGGUCAUCCUAUGAGUGCUUGUUUGAUGAUGACAAAAGGGCAGUUGAAUUCAAAGAAAAGUUUCAGAAAAGCCAGACAUCCCUCAUGGAGCUGACAAGGCUCUCGGUGCUCCUGGAAGAAAAAUGCUCAGGAGUGGUCCAAGUGAAAGCCCAUAUCUUGGAAUUGAAGUUUACUAUUUCCACUGGUCAGUACAAGCAGCUCAUCUUCUCUGCUGACACUUCACUGGAAUGUGUUUUGGCUUCUCUGCCUAUGAUCACAUAUUCAGGUUGUGCCAAAUGUGGUUUGGAACUACAGGCAGAUGAGAACAUGAUCUAUAAGCAAUGUAUUAGAUGUCUGCCAUACAGCAAAGUAAAAACAUUCUACAGACCUGCUUUGAUGACAGUAGAAGAUGAAGGACAUGAAAUUUAUGUUCAUGUGGUGUCUGAGUUGAUGGAAAAAAUCUUCCUCAAUAUUCCUGCAGAUUGGCUGAAGAGAUUAGUAGUGCCCUCUUCAGAUAUAACCUACAGCACAGUAGUAGCAGAUCUGUGUCAUUCACUGCUGGCAGAUACAGAAGCAUCCUAUUUGUUGGAAAUCAGAAGCCACUUUGUGCUAGAUGAGAACAGCUAUCCUUUGCAAAAGGAUUUCCAUCUGCUGAAUUUUCAUCCUGAUCUUUGACCUCUGCACUAAUUGAGUAACAAAGACCAUAAGGACACACAGAUGGGAAGCAGAAGAAAAAUUACUUAGCUGAAGGAAGCAAAUCUCUUGUAAAAACUAUAAUAAAGGAUUUUGGUUUUAACUUAUGAAAAAAGCAAAACUAUCAAAAGGACUGGUAUGGAAUAUCUGCUAAUAGUAUAUACUGCUGGAGUAAUACUGAUGAAUUUUCGUAAAAUAUAUUUUUAUACAUGCAUAAUAUAUUUUUAUACAUGCAUAUUUGUGUUAAUAAUGACGUUAAUAAAUUCCAACAAUUUCUUCCA